AUGGUCGCCUCAUCAUCCAUUGAGAACAGCGCUAGUAGAUGGCCUUUGGUCGUCGCAGUUGCAGUAUCGCUUGCGACUGUCGAAGGAUACACUAUUGCUGUGCCAUUAUCCAAGCCAUUAUCUACAGGUUUCUCUGUACUCAGUGUAUCUGAUACGGGUGUAAAAAUCUCGCCCCCCAAAGAUGAUGUAUUGGAUCCCUUUGAUGAGCUCCCCAGCAACAUGUCAUUAAUAAAACCAAGCAGACCGUGUGGCGUGACAUCCACUCAACAACCCUGCAGAGCCACUUAUGACCUUGGGUUGGGCAAGAAUGCUCCUGUUACUCACUCAUCUGGCAGCAACUUAUACACAGCCGAAAGCGACUCUAGAGUCCUUGAAGCCACCAAAUACUGGAGCGAGUAUGAAUCAGUGAGGGAGUUUCCUUCUCCACAAAGUCAACAGGUAGUUGCGUACAGAAGUGCAGUGCCAGAAACCAACAAGAAAAUGAGAAAGACUGUUCUACUUCAUCCCAAACGAACAAUGCAAGAUUCGUUGACCAUUGUUCCUAAUGCUGCCAGGCAAAAGCUACGCACCUCAACCGGCCAACCAGUGCCGAUGAUGGUCCAAUCCGACGCAUCUCAAUUGGAUGUGAAUUCUGUUUGGGUGGAAAUGCUCAUCCAUUCAGAACAACAAAAGCAAGAAAAUGAAUUGUACAUGCAUGUGGGCUGA